CUUGGGUCUCAGAAUUUCAGUGGGCUGGAACUUCUGGGCUGCCGCCAUGAGCCUGCAACGGCCACAUUUUGCCCGCGUGCGAGCUGGCGCAGCCCUCGCCCUCUUUCUGGCCUACGGCCCGGGGUUUCUGCCCGCGCCAGUUGAGGAGGUACCAGCCCUCUCCCGGCGGCUUGUGCUUUGCUCUGGGUUGGCCGGGCUUAGCCUGCUGCCAAGCGCCUGCCACGCAGAAGCUCUUUGGCGCUCCCUUCCGGAUGCCGAAGUAGAGGUGCAGUUCCCUGCGCGCUUCAUCGCUUAUCUGACGCGGUUUCUGCUCAACUUUGAUGCAGACUUCCAGGCUUUGUGGAAAGCAGCCAAGGCCGAGGAGAUGGAUCUGGGGCAAUUUCAGUCGACAGAGUUCCAGAGGGACGCGAGAUUUGCUCGCUUCGCGCGAACGGUGCAGCUGUCUUUGGCGCAGAAGAGCAGUAGCAAGCUGCUGGAUGUGCUUCUGGCAGAGUAUGGCAAGAGCACCGAAGCCAAGCGGCAGAUCUGCAUUUUGUUCUCGCUGCUGCAGGAGCCGAAGCAGCAACCGGUGGCGCAACUGCGAGACUUGCUGCGCUCUGUGGAGAAUGCCUCCGUUGCCAAGGUGGUAAUCGUUGAUCGCGGCGAGUUCCGUCUCCAGGCAAACAUCUCCAGAGUGACGCUGCAGCUGGCACCACCGCCGGGCACAGGUGCGCGUGCUGCGUCGGUGUUCUGCCGGCUCCAGAACUUUGCUAACGACACGGCGCGGCUGGAGGCCAUCGAGCUGCGGGACGCGGGCUGCGGCUAUGCCAGGGACAUGGACCUCUCGGCUGUGAUAGUUCCUGACGGCCUUGAGAUGCUGCGCCCUCCCAAGCUAACGGUGCAGCUCACGCGGCCGGCCAAGCUGCCGCCUGCGCGUCGGCGCGCGCAGGAGGCACUGCCAGAUCAGUUGCCGAGCAAGAUGACCAACUUGCUUCCGCCGUUCCUCCUGCCAGAGUACAACGCGAAAUUGGACCGCUUGGUUCCAGACCAGAGCCUGCCGCUGACCCCGGACCCCAGCCCGCCAGAGGAGCAGCGGCGCUUGGAUGAGGUGUUCGGAAAAGAGAGGCAGUUGGACCGUUUCCGAGCGGACUUUGUCUUUGCAGAGUUUGACCCGACCUACGGCCCUGUGGGCAUCUCGCCCUUGGAGAAGGAACGGCAGCUGGGUGGUGAAGACUACCUGCGACUCAUGGCUGCGGGAGGAAUCGCCGGAGUGGCGAGGACCUUGACUUUCCUGCCGGUGCAGAAUGUCAAGGUCCAGAUGCAGACGAACCCCAGCCUUGGCAGCAACUUCCUGAACAACCUGAAGCGCUCGGUGACGACGCAGCCCACCAGCCAGCUGUACCGAGCAGCAGAUGUAGCCUGCAUUUUCUCUGCCAUCUUUGGAUUCCUUAGCUUUGGUGUCAAGGAGUACUUGACCCGUGAGCUUAUGAUCCAGUUCCCUGGAUUCAACGAGCUGCUUGCCAUCGUCCUGGCCAGCAUUGCCAGCGUUAUCAUUACGCUCGCCUUUGCAGCGCCCUGGGAGGUCUUGACCACCAGGGUCAUGGCUAGCCGAGACCGUUACUGGGGCUUGCCCUUGCUGCUGGAGGAGCUUCAGAAGAGCGCAUCCAAGACAUUCGCCGAGCUCUACGAGGAGUAUUGGCUUUUGACUGGUAAGGAAGUGGCGUUUGUCGUCACCAAGUUUGUCAUUUUCGACUCCAUUCGCGAGGCACUGCUUUUCUUCGUUCCUGCCUUCGUUCAGGUGCAGUCCCUGGUGGUCGCCUGCCUUUGCGGCGCGCUGGCAGGGGCUUUGGGGGCCAUCGUGUCCCACCCGAUCGAUACCUUAUUCGCGCUGCGCACCACAGGCGGGGGCAAAGAGAUCCCAAGCCUGGACAAGCUCUUUCGAGGUGUGGGCGCGCGCGUGCUCAUCUACUCCCCCGGUAUUGCGCUAACCUUCUUGGUGUAUGACGCGGCAAAAACCUACCUGGGCGUUGGGCCACAAGCCAUUAUGCAGACGCUGGACCUGCUCAGGCCGCCGACCUGACUGCCUCAGCUUAGCGCCGAGUGACCUGAGCUGCAUGCCUAGGGGCUGUCGGAGGCCCCAUGUCCUUAGAGGAGUUACAGUUGACCUUCAGGUCUACCACCCCAUUUUCCCUUGACCACCGGUCAUUUUUGUCAUUGUUUGUGAAUAAUUCUUAUGUACAGCCAUUGCAAGACUCAGGCUGGUCG